UUAGGCUCAAUUGAUUCAAUAUAGGAACAUAACUUCUUUAUUACAAUCAAUUCGAAAUUAAAUUAUAAUAGUCAAAGUAUUGUUUUUAUAUCAAUGAAAUUAUUACAAUCAACUUCAUCUGCUCAGAACUAUAAUGAUUGAAGUAUAUCGCAUGGACGGAAAUUAACACGAUCAAUUGAUUAAACUCCAUAGUGACGUAUAUUACAAUAUAUAUUCUCCUUUAGAGUAUAUCACAUUAUGGUUCAGAUGACAUCGUUAAAACAAAAUCGCAUUGAAAAACUUAUUUUUUCAGAAAUUUAUAGAAUUGUUGAGCUGUUAAACGACUUUUAUAUAAAAGUUUUAAAGUAUCAAGAAAAACAUCUUGUUAUAGAUGUAGAAAGAAUCAUUCGAUUAUUCAAAAGUAAAUUUUUCCAAGCUCUAAUAGAUAUUCAAGAAUAUUAUGUAAUAACAUUAUUGGAUCAUGUUAAUUGCAACGAUUCAAUGGUAGAUGGAUAUGAAAUCUCAUCGUAUCCGUGUGAUAUAAUAUGUCAUCAAUUUCAUUCAUUAUCAUCAGAGUCUUCUUAUAAAAGAAUAGACGAAUCAAAUGGAAAUUUUGAAGUAGUUCUAAAACGAAAAAAGGCAGGUUUAGGAUUUAGUAUUGCUGGAGGUAUAGACAAUCCACAUCUUCCAAAUGAUUCUCGUAUAUAUGUUACUAAAAUUAUACCUGACGGUGCAGCAGCAAUAGAUGGCCGGCUUCAAAUCAAAGAUAUAAUAACGAAAGUGAAUGAUCAAUCUCUCUUGAAUAUUACGCAUUCAUCAGCAGUAUUGAUACUGAAGCAAGCUGGAGAAGAGGUUAUUUUGCAUAUUCAACGCUGUCAAAAUGAAAUAGACAUUAUUGAAAUCACAUUAUUUAAGAACAGUGACGGCUUCGGAUUUAGUAUUACUGGAGGAAAAGAUAAUCAACAUAUUCCCAGCGAUAAUGGGAUAUUUGUUACGAAAAUAUUAGAAGGAGGCGUUGCAUUUUUAGAUGGUCGUCUUAAAGUUGGAGAUAAAAUUAUUGGUAUCAAAAAUGCCGACGGAAUGAAGACGUUUGAUAAUAUUACUCAUCAACAAGCAGUAGAAAUAUUGAAAGCUGUAGAAGAUCGGAUUACACUCUUAAUAGAAAAACGAUUGGAUGAUAUAGUUACACAUGAUUUUGAACAGCACUCCACACUAAAAGUCACAUCCACUUUACAAUCUAAACAAGUUUACACAAGUGAAAGUCACUUAGACAAUUGUGGAAUAAUUGAUACUGUUGAUUUAGCAUUAUUGUCCGAUCAAGUUUCGCAGACCACGCUUAAAGAUGCUCGUCAAGUUCAUCUACGAAAAGGACGGCAUGGAUUUGGUUUUAAUAUCGUUGGUGGAGAAGAUGGAGACAGUAUAUAUAUAUCUUUUAUAUUGAAAGAGGGACCAGCAUUUAUUGAUGGUACAUUGAAGAAAGGUGAUAGAAUUGUGUCAGUUAAUGGUAUUGACUUCAAAAAUAUAUCUCAUGAAAAGGCAGUUGGUAUUCUUAAAGGUUCUAAUGCAGAAAUAGAUUUAAUAGUCGAACAUGACCAAGAAAAUUAUAAAAUUUUUGAGAAAAAAAUUAUGGGUCUAAAAAAUGUUCAGUCAGUAGAUUGUGUAAAUUUAAAAAAUAUUCUAAAAACGAACGGAAAAAAGUGCACGUAUCUCAGAGCAUUAUUUAAAUACGAUCCGAGCAAAGACGAAGAUUUACCUAGUAUAGCUUUAUCAUUUUGUUUCGGAGAUAUUUUAUAUGUAACCAAUGCAAGUGACGAAGAAUGGUGGGUUGCAAUAAAAUUAAAUGUUGAUGACGAAGUAUCUGGCAUUAUUCCAUCUCGUAGACGUUGGGAAAGGAAGCAACGAGCUCGGGAUAGAACAGUGAAAUUUGAAGGCGAUCCAUCAAUUCUCACUAAUAAACCACAUUUGGACAGAAGAAGAAGAAACUAUUCUUUCAGUCGGAAAUUUCCUUUUAUGAAGAAUAAGGAUGACAAAUAUGAUGAUUAUCCAGAACAAGAACCUUAUAUGCAAUGUUACACCCAAAGUGAUACUAGGCAUGAAGAUUUCAGCAGAAAAGAAAUAUUAUACCGCGUGGAACUGCCUUAUAUGGAAGAGUUAACAUUGGUUUAUUUAGAAAAAGAUGUGGAUGAAGAAGACUUGCAAGAGUUAUCUGGCGAAGAAAAUAUUCUAUCAUAUGAAGAAGUGGAACAGAUAAACAUUACAUUUGCCAGACCUGUUGUGAUUUUAGGGCCACUAAAGGAUAAGAUAAAUGAUGAUUUGAUAUCACAGUACCCGGAAAAGUUUGGAAGCUGUGUACCACAUACUACGAGACCAAAGAGAGAUGAUGAAAUCGAAGGGUGUGAUUAUCACUUUGUUUCGUCUAGGAGUCAAAUGGAAAUUGAUAUUCAGAACCAUUUAUUCAUAGAAGCUGGACAGUACAAUGAAAAUUUAUACGGAACAUCGAUAUCAUCAGUGAAUGAAGUAGCAAAAACGGGAAAACAUUGUAUCCUUGAUGUAAGUGGAAAUGCGAUCAAACGAUUGUAUGCUGCUCAUCUUUAUCCCAUUGCGCUAUUUGUGAAGGUUAUGUCUGCACAAUCUCUGAUGAAAAUAUUAAAACGCAUAACCGAUGAUCAAGCUAACAAAUUAUAUCAGCGAUCAUUGAAAAUCGAGCAAGACUUCACUGAACAUUUUACAGGUAUAAUUGAAGAUGAUGAUUAUGAGAAAGUCUACCAACAAAUUUUAGACAUUAUUGCUAGAGAGACUGGACCAAAAAUUUGGAUUCCAUCAAAAUAUCGAGGAGCUAGCUAAAGCAAGUUUUAAAAUUGUUAAUAAAUAUGUAGAAAUAAAACUUUUCAUGUUAUUCAAAACACCUUUUUAGUGUAUUAAAAAAAAAAGGUAAUAAAGACUUAAU